UGCGUCCCAGCGUGCUGCUCCCGAGCUGCGGGAGCGCUGCGUGCGGCAUCGGGUCCUCGGAGCGCUGAGUGAGCGCUGAGGUGACCCCGGCUGGGCCUGAUGACGAGGUUAUGGAAAGUGGGUUAGCAGGAAAAACACCUCGUUUAAAGGGAGAACAAAAAGGAAAUUGCGUGCGUGCCCCUGUGGCGACUGACAGCAGCGUCCUAACAGGAUAGCACCUCAGAUCAGUGGUGCUGCCAGCCUUGCUUGGGAUGGGAUUUAUUUUCUGUCUCGGUACGAUGGCUCGUGUCUUUGUGUAUGGCACGCUUAAAAAGGGCCAGCCCAACUACAAGCACAUGAUCAACACCGCCAAGGGGAUCGCGAAGUACCAAGGGAGGGGUCGCACAGUGGAGAAAUACCCUCUGGUGAUUGCAGGGAAAUACAACAUCCCCUAUAUGCUCAACAUCCCGGGCACGGGACACCACAUCGCAGGGGAGAUUUACACUGUGGAUGACCAGAUGCUGCGCUUCCUCGACGAAUUCGAAGGCUGCCCAGACAUGUACCAGCGCACAACGAUGAGAAUUGAGGUGGUGGAGUGGGAGGGGAAGAGCGGCACAGCUGAGGUGCGAGCAGCCAGCAGCGGGGUGAUGGAGUGCUUCGUGUACAACACCAGCACCUACCAGCCUGAGUGGGUCCAGCUGCCCUACCAUGACAAUUACGAUUCCUCUGGAACCCACGGCCUCUCCUACGUGCUACGAGAGAACAGAGAUUGAGCCGGCACAGCCCUGCGAAGACAGUUCUAAGCAGGUGUUGUGUGGCAGCCCUACCAGCAACCCCGUAAUGCCUUUCUCUUAAAUCCCCAGAUCUGUAACCUUCCAGACCUGGGCACGCUGGCUCUAGUGCUGCAGUGCUGUAGGCCUAGAGACUGGCACAGCCUUGUACCACCACUAACCCACCCUAACUGGUUUCUCAUGACGGCCGAAAUAACUGUGUUUGUGCACAGCAGUGAGGGGGUUUAUGUUCUUUCCUGCCCCCCGACCCCUUCACCUCAGUGCACGGCCAAGGUGAGUGGAAGACAGAUGAACACACUAAUUCUUUCUUACCUGAUCUGAUAAAUUUAUCACAUGUGUUCCAUACGCUGGGUGGAGUAUUGACGUUAUUGUACUAAUAGCUAAAACUGAUUUUAAAAAAUCAUAUCUGCAAGCAAAGUAAAAUGCACGGCUAAUAUUGUCCUGUAAUGGUAGGCUACUGAAUGUAAACCAAGCAGCAGGCAAAUGUCUGUGGGGGAAAAAUGACCACACAGGUAGUCUGCGCUUUGGGAAAAAUACAACAGUGCUGUAGGAAUAAAGGGAAGAGAUUUUUAAAGAUGACUGUUCUUACUUCAUAAUGUUUUUUCUGAACUGGAGGUGAUUCUUUUUAAAAUACAUUUAGUUUUAUGAGAUACUGUAAAGAAAUAUUAAAGAAUUAUUAAAGAGAAUUCCAUUUAAAA